GUUAAUUAACCCUCUCUUACUUUCUCUGCAGCAUGGGUGCACAGGCGAACGUCUCUCAGGCCUCUAUUUCCAGCCUUGAGGCUACCCUUUUGAAUACCUCGGGGAUCGUGCCCCUCCACAACCGAUUCAGGGCACUGUUCACGCUCAAGGCUCUCAAAAAUGAGGAUGCGAUCAGGAUCAUCUCGAAAGCUUUCUUGGACGACAGUGCGCUCCUGAAGCAUGAGCUUGCGUACUGUCUUGGACAGAUGAAGAACACCGCCGCACUCCCUGUCCUCGAGUCUGUGCUCGCAAAUGAGCAGGAAGACCCCAUGGUACGGCAUGAGGCUGCCGAAGCUAUGGGCGCCAUCUCCGCCCCCUCUUCCCUCCCCGUCCUCCACAGGUACCUCUCCGACCCGGAGCGCAGCGUGCGCGAGACGUGCGAGAUUGCAAUAGCCAAGAUCGACUGGGACAACUCGGAAGAGGGCCGGAAACACUCGCAGACCAUUGCAUCCUCAUCAGACCAGAUCUACACCUCCAUCGACCCCGCACCGCCGUCCUCGCGCCUCCUAUCCGGUAUGGCAGCCCCGGAAGACACCUCCGACGCGAGCAUCGCCACCCUCCGCACAACCCUCCUCGAUUCUUCCCGCCCCCUCUUCGAGCGCUACCGCGCGAUGUUCGCCCUGCGGAACAUCGGCACGCCUGCCGCCGUUGAUGCGCUAGCUGCUGGUUUUGCUGACGACAGUGCAUUAUUCAAGCACGAGAUCGCUUUCGUCUUCGGACAACUCCUUUCUACACAUUCAGUGCCCGCUCUGGUCGCAGUCCUCGAGGAUACACAAGAGUCGGACAUGGUCCGUCACGAGGCAGCCGAAGCCCUAGGAGGGAUCGCCACGCCCGAGGUUCUCCCUCACCUCAAAGAGUGGAUGCAACGCCCGGAUGCACCUCGGGUAGUCCGUGAGAGCUGCCAGGUCGCGAUUGAUAUGUGGGAGUAUGAGAACUCGAGCGAAUUCCAGUACGCAAACGGGUUGGGCGAUACAUCCAUUGGCGUCACUGCAGUGGGAGCAUGAACUUGUAUGGUUUGGUGUAUUUUUCAUUGCUGGAACUGCCCGCUGUAUCGUCAUCUUCAUCCGUCAUUUUCAUGUUGUAGCAUAUCUCAAAAACUCAAGGAGUCUUAUUAUU